AUGUCCGUCUCCGAUCACCCCCAGCCUCCGUAUCCCCUCCACGAGUCCGUCCGGGACAAGCUGGACCCGGAGUACGUCAAUUUCUACAACAAAUACAUCGUCAACCAGCAGCAGGUGCACCUGCAGCCCGUCGAGGCCUCGCGCACAAGCGGGGUGCUCAUUCCCGGCGGUGGGCCGCUGCUGGAUGUCGGCAAGACCGAGGACAUCACCAUCGCGCGCCGCGAGACCGAAGGCCCCGAGAUUUCCCUGCGCUGCUUCACCCCGAGCGGCGAGAAACCUGCAGCCGGCUGGCCGGUGAUGCUGUACUUCCACGGCGGCGGAUGGGUGCUGGGCAACAUCAACACCGAGAACCCGGUGUGCACGAAUCUACUCGCCCCGGAAAACCGCUGGCCCGCCGCUGUGCACGACUGCUGGGAAGCGCUCCUCUGGCUCAUCAACGACGGCCCGUCGCGCCUCGCCAUCGACCCGACCAAGAUGGCCACCGGAGGCUCCUCGGCCGGCGGCAAUCUCGCCGCCAUCAUCACGCACAAGGCGCUCACGCUAUCGCCGCCCGUGCGGUUCCGCGCCCAGCUGCUCUCCGUGCCCGUCAUGGACAACACAGCCACCGUUGCCAACAACGAGGCCUACCGGCUCUACGAGCACACCCCUGCCCUGCCCGCCGCCAAGAUGCUCUGGUACCGCAACCACUACCUCCCCGAUCCGAAGGACUGGGACCAUCCCGAGGCCAGCCCGCUGUUCUACCAGGGUGACUGGGCGCAGCUGCCGCGGGCGCUGGUCAUGGUCGGCGAGUUGGACGUGCUGCGCACCGAGGGAGAGCAGUAUGCGGAGAAGCUGAUCAAGGCGGGCAUCCCGGUCGAUCUGCAGGUGAUGAAGGGCAUGCCGCAUCCGUUUUUGGCCAUGGAUGCCGUGCUGUCCGAGGGAAAGCGGUGCAUUACGCUGAUGUGUGAUUUGCUCAAGGAGGUGUUUUGGUCGGCCUAA